AUGGCGAUCCUGGAUAUUCCGCCCAAGGAGGCUUCAGUAUGGCCUGUUACACUGGGCAUUCUGUCGUGGGUGUUUUGGUCGAACUUGACCAUUUUAUUCAAUAAAUGGGUGAUUGAGUCCACUGAAUUUAGAUACCCAAUCAUCCUAACAACAUGGCAUCUCGUCUUCGCAACCCUUGCUACUCAACUUCUCGCCCGAACCACCACCAUGCUCGACGGUCGCAAGAGAAUGCGCAUGGACGGCCGAACCUACAUCCGCAUGAUUAUCCCCAUCGGCAUUCUUUACAGCGGUAGUCUCGUCUGCAGCAACAUCGUCUACCUCUACCUGAAUGUUUCCUUUAUCCAAAUGCUCAAAGCCUGUGGCCCAAUAGUAACCCUCCUCACCAGCUGGGCCUGGCACGUCAAAACCCCCUCGCUCGAAUCCUUCCUCAACAUCCUCCUCAUCGCCUUCAGUGUCGCCCUCGCCGUCGCCGGCGAAGUCCAAUUCUCCUGGCUCGGCGUCAUCUACCAACUCGCCAGCCUUGUCUUCGACGCCAACCGUCUUGUCAUGAUCCAGAUCCUACUGUCAGACGAGGGCCAGAAAAUGGACCCCCUAGUGACUCUGUACUACUCUGCACCGGUGUGCGCUUUCACGAACUUUAUGAUCGCGUUUUAUACAGAGCUGCGCGGGUUCAGUUGGAGUGUGGUUGGGGAGACUGGGUUCGGGGUGUUGUUAGCGAAUGCCGCGGUGGGAUUCAUGUUAAAUGUGUCGAUUUUUGUUUUGAUUGGGAAGACAUCCGGUUUAACUAUGACGCUGGUCAGUGUGCCAAAGAACAUUCUGUUGAUUGUUUGUUCUGUGGUGAUUUGGGGCACGCAGAUCACUUCGCUUCAGAUGGUGGGAUAUGCGAUUGCGCUGUUGGGGUUGUUGUAUUAUUCUCUGGGGUGGGCGACUAUUAGGAGAGCAUAUGAUUCUGGAUAUGUCAGGCUGGUUGGGAGACAAGCCGAGAGGGUGGAGAAAGAGGAGGAGAAUGUAUAG